UGGGGCUCCUCCCAUCAAAUUCUCUAGUCCUGACCUCAGCUUCAGGCUCAGUAUAUUAAGCUUCUUACUCUCCACACUGUUCGCAUUGUUCCAGGCUCCCUGAACUCUAGCCUCUCUGCAGGUGCCAUGAACACGAACCAGGCAGUCCCUUUGGGGCAACUCAACCGAGCUUUUUCUCCCCCUCCCUGUGAGCUUCUCUCGGAAGAGCCAGGACUGAGGCCUCCGGGGCAGGACCCAGCCUCCACCAUCAUCAACGUCCACUCCUUUGAGCCUCCCCCGAAAGAUUUCUUUGUCUGGUCUGUGUUCAACACGUUGUACAUGAACUUCUGCUGCCUGGGUUUCAUGGCCCUGGUGUUUUCCGUAAAGGCCAGGGACCGGAAGUUGGUGGGUGACCUGCAUGCGGCCCAGAGCUACGGCUCCACAGCCAAGUGUCUCAACAUCUGCGCUCUGACCUUCUCACUUCUGCUGGUCCUCGUCACCGUGGUGACCGUUAGCGUCCUCAUGUCAGUCUGAAAGUCAUCAUCUCUCCGCUCCUGAGAGCUUUGGAUGACUGAGAAAUGUGCUUUUAAUUUCAACAGCUUGGAGCAUCUGGAAAGAGAUGAGGGACGUCGGGAAAAUGAAAUCUUUAUCAGAGACAAAUCCCCCCCUUAUCUAUUUCCGGCCUAAUGGUAAUUAGAGUGCUUUGACAAAAAUCAUUUUCAUUCCAUGUGAUCAAAAGUAUCCAUUUGAUCUUAUGUGACUCCACUUUGUCACGGAAAUGGUCCCAAUAUGCUCAAGCUCAACAGAGCCUGCCAUCCAAUGGCACAAUGUGGUCGUUCCCUGGGGCAGCAGCAGUUCCCAGCUUGGUGGUCACUAAGAUGCUCACUCGGGUUAUCAACGGGGCCACGAUCUGGAUCUGAGAGGGAACCUCUAUCUGGCCAGCAUGAGAGCAGCUUCCCAAGCCUGUGGCCUCCCAGGAUGGCUUCCCCCUUGCCUCCAGAAUCGGGGUGGGAUAUGUCAUUUUUGGUCCUCAAGACCAAGAGAUGCUGUAUUUCCCCAAGUCCCCUUUGUAUGUUUGGGUAUCAAAUCCUUUAAAUAAAAGGUCCUGGGAGAAGGUGGCAGCUGAGAUCCUGAGCAAGAUCUGAGGCUCCUUUAAUAAAGUGCCAUUGACUCAGA